AUGCAAGACGAAGGCGCGUUGCGCAUCGUGGAAGGCGUAACAGCGGCGACAGCGCUCCUCUCGGUGGACGCCGAGCUGUCGACAGCGCCGGAGGCCUUUUUCCGCGCGUUCUCGGCAAAGCUCGAGGCUUUCCAGCACGUGAUCGAAGGGCUUCAACACACUGUCGCAAUCCUCAGCGCGCAGCGCGUGCUCGAGCUGUCGGGCACCCAACUGAUGGACGCGGGCGUCGAGCUCUACAACGCGCCACGACUUGCGCUCCGGAUGUUGGCGCACGUCGAGAAGACCGACGAGCCGAGCGACAGCCGCCCGCCCACGAGUUCGCCGCGGUAUCUACUGGCGACCACGAGGUUCGUAGCUGCAAAGAUCAUGGGACUGUCCCUUGUGUGCUCGAGAGACUGUGCGAAGCCGAGUACGCAGUUCAUGGAAGAAUCCGUCGACGUCUUACGCUCCUAUGGGCGCGUGGGAAUGCUCAUGCUGGAGAGCGCGUCGGCGGACUGCCUGCAGUGUGAAGCGUACCUGACGCUGGCCAACGAGUCGUUUGGCUUGUCCAUACAGCUCUGGUCCCGCAUCGGGCUCGCGUACCUGACCAAGUUCAAGCACGGACUGGAGCUCGAGGACGUUGUGGACGAUCUGUGGGACUUUUGCGUCGACCGCGUGCGCGUGCUGCAGCUGCUGGCCGAGCGGUCGGUCCACGAGUCGGACGAGUCGCGUGAGAUUGUGUCGUCGCUGCACGAGCUGAAGACGUUCGUGCCCUACAAGGCGUCGUACGCAGGCAGUCUGCUGGACCUCAUGACGAGCGUGAGCGACGGGUACAGGCAAGCGGCUCACCACGCGCUGCAGGUCUCGUUUGUCGAAGAGACGCUAAGCAUUUGUGACGCUCUUGAGCGCGAUGGCGACGAGAGCUUUCCGGAUCUGAUUGCCUCGUUCAAGCAGCAUGUGCUACUCAAUUUGCUGCAGUCGCUCUGCUUGACUGGCGACAUCGAGCGCGCAGAAACGUGCUACUUCCUCGUCCCAAGUAGCCGUGAGCCCAAGAUCUUGCUGCUCAUGAUCAAGCUCUAUGUUGACCACAAGCAGUUUGAGAAAGCACGCCGGUCGUUGCUGAUGUUGUUUGAACAGGAGAGCCUGGAAGACUCUCUCUUGGGAGCCCGCACCUAUGCUCAGGGGCUAUCCUUCUCCGACAAAGGACUGGACAUUUAUCGCGCACUGAUCGACAACCACGGAGAUGCUGAGUUCGACAUCAACUUGGACAUUGCGUGCAGCCUUGCUUUUGAUCCGAGCAAAGGAGAUCAAGCAAUGAGCGAGCUCAAGCGUAUUGGGUGUGUCCUGCUUGAAAAAGAACGAGAUGGAGGAGCUGUGGAUGCCAAACACAUCCUGCGGGUUCGACAGACCGUUUUCGAUGCUCUGCAGCAUGCACUGAAUUCUGACCGGCACGAGGAUUGUUUGCAAUGGGCGGAUGCUGGAUUAGCUGCGGCUUCAACGGCACAAGACAAAGCGGUAUACUUGAGGACCAUGUCUCGCUCGUGUCUCCAGUUAGGCCGCGACUCGGAAGCACUUGCGUGGGCGAAAAAGGCUUUCGAUGCAGAGCCUUCCAAGCAGUCUCUGUUUGCUCGGUUUCAAGUGACACUGAAAUCGAAAUUGGAGGCGACCGAAGAAGAGCUGGUGCAUCUCAUGCAGCAGCUAAAGAGCCGGGACGAUUUCGAGAUUGAGGAUUUGCUUGCUAUGGGAAAGGAAGCCAGCAAUUUGGGUCCAUCGAGGCAAGGUUUCGUGAUGCACGUUCUGGAUGAACUGUGCCAUGUUUUGCUGCAAGCCGAGAGCUACCCAACAGUGAUUCCUGUAGCCGUUGUUUUACAAAAUGCGGCACAACUUGCAUUUGCCAAAUUCACUCAGCAACACCAGCCAAAUGACACUGCAGCAAACACGUACAGCGAGAAAUUCUUGUCAUACGCCAGCGCGCUUUUGCAGUUGUCAAAAUCGGAUUGUACGAAGCAGAAGGAAAGUUUCGGACCUUCGUCAGUCUUCGAGUGGUUCUUCCGAAUGAGCUUUGAUAUCGCCAAAGGCACCGAAGACUCCAAGUUUUUCAUCGUUGCAGCUAACAUUGCAGAGCGGUGCGACGAGCUUUAUCACGAAAGUUCUCCUCUCAAGCAGCGAUGCCAGCAGUGUUUGCUAGCUGCCGUGAGCUCUGACAUGAAAAGCAUUGAGACGCUGGACAAGAGCCAGCUGCUAGGGCUUCUUGAAUUGAUCAAUAGGCUCGAAGCGAUUGAUCCUGAGGACAUAUCGGAUACUACCGACGUCAUGCGCUACUUGACGAGAGCGACAAUUGCAGUGAAGUUGCGGCUGUCUGACUCAAACACAAAAGCGAUUAUCGAUCUCUGCAGAUCAACUCAGCUCGGUGUAGAUGAGCUCAUCGAGAUUGGAGAGCUAGUAAUGUAUGCAGCAAAGUUCGACGAAGCGUCUGAGGUCCGAAACAGCUAUUUGUCUCUAGGUAGACAAGUGUUCAGUUACGGGCUUGAAGUGCUAUUCCAAGCAAGCGCAACCGAUCCGAGCAAGCUGUGCUACCUGCUUCGACGACUUGUCACACUAGCACAGUCGAGGACAAAGGCAUACGAGUGCUUUGAGCAGCUACUCCAAUUCAUCUACAGCUUAGACGUGGCGAUGCCUGAGCGCGACAUCGAGUGGUUUGUCGCGAAAGCGUGGAACAUCGGUGUGCUCUGUCAUCGCGGAAAUGACACCGCCGAAGCCCUCAAAUUCAUGAAAGUUGCCCAGGAUGUCAUGCAAUGCAGCAAGUCACUUGCAGGAAAGCUGAACAUGGAGCUCAACCAUCAGUACCAGGAGCUUCUACAACUUAGUACCAGUCCGACACACGAUAGAUAA